AUGCUGAUGAAUGGGACAAAGAAUCGACUAACGGGUAAUUACUCAAUAUCUGAUGUGUUAAAUAGAGAAUUACAAAAAGAAUUUGAACGUGAUGUCUCCAUAUCCAACCAAUCACUACAAAACGAAAUUAAUAAAAACGACUACAAUAAACAGAAAAGAGUGAUGAAUUUAAAUUUUGAUGAUCAACGAUCUCAAAAGGAUAUCUUGAAUGAACGUAAUCUAGAAAGAGAAGAAAGAAGAGUACAGCAGUUUAUAAAAGAACGAAAUGACUAUGGUGAAGAUUCAGAAUAUGAAUUAAAACGAAGAAAAUUGAAUGAACAAGAGGAAAAGACUAAAGAAUUAUCACCAUCAGAGACAAGUCUUAUACGGAGAUUGAAAGAGGAUAAUGUACCAAUCAUUAAUGGUAUACCAUUGACUGAUGAGAUUCUUGACAGAAUACUACCUGAAGGAUUUGUUAAAGUAAAACCUCCCUCAGAUUUUCAACAACUACAAACAACAUCAAAACCAGAUAUAACUACGUCAACUACUACUAAAGAGUAUUUCCCACCAACGAAUGAAAUAGCUGCAAUAUCAACAUCAUUAUCAACUAAAGAGAUACCAGGAGUGCACGGACUAGAAUAUUUUAAAGAAGAAGAUAUGAAGUAUUUCGGCAAUCUACUAAAGAUUAAACCUGAAGAUUUGGAUGAAGACGAAAGAAAAGAAGUGCAAUCGAUGAAACUUAUAUUAAAAGUUAAAAACGGUACUCAGAUUGUCAGAAAAAGAGCCAUGAGAUCUUUAACCGAAAGUGCAAAAAAUUUUGGUCCUAAAAUUAUAUUAAGUCAAAUACUACCAGUACUUGUUGAACCGACCUUAGGAGAUCAAGAAAGACAUCUACUAGUUAAAAUGGUUAGUAGAACAUUAUUUCAACUUCAAGAUUCAGUACGACCAUAUACAGACAAAAUCGUACAUGUGUUGUCUCCAUUUUUAAUCGAUGAGGAUCCAACUUUAAGGAAUGAAACUAAGGACAUUUUAACAAAUUUAGUAAAAGCAGUUGGGUUUGGAACUAUCAUAUCAACCUUGAGGCCGGAUCUUGAUCAUGUUGAUGAAUAUGUUAGAAAUUUAACUUCAAGAGUACUUGCAAUCGUUGCUAAUACAACAGGUUUACAACAGUAUUUACCAUUUGUUAGGGCAGUAGUGAAAUCUCGUAAAACCUGGACAGCAAAGCAUACAGGUAUAAAAUCCCUACAACAAUUAUGUAUAACAUUAGGAAAAGGAAAUGGAUCUGCUGUACUACCACAUUUGACUCAAAUAAUUGAAAUUUUGACUCCAGCUAUACACGAUGAAUCACCUCAUGUUAAAACAAUCACAGCUAUUACAUUAUCACAAUUGGCAGAAAAUGUUGCACCUUAUGGGAUUGACUCGUUUGAACAAAUUUUGGAACCACUUUGGUAUGAAAUUAGAAUGCAAAGAGGUAAAGGAUUAGCAGCAUUUUUAAAAUGUAUUGGAUCAAUUAUACCUUUAAUGGCUUAUGACCCUAAUUACGAAGAGUAUACGAAUUACUAUACUGCAGAGGUAAUGUUUUUGAUAACAAAACAAUUUACUACUCCAGAUGAAGAUAUGAGAAAAACAAUUUUGAGAUUAAUGACAGGAUUACCAUUAUCAAGAGCAUUAAUACCUGAUUACGAUAAUAAAUUGAUCAAACCUUUUUUCAAAUCAUUUUGGAAUAGAAGAACAGCAUCUGAUAAUUCACAAAUAAUAAAUCUUGUUGUAGCUGCAACUAAUCAUUUGGCUGAUAAAUUUGAUUUUAUUACAAUUAUAAUGAAUAUUAUAUAUUUCAGUAAGGAUGACAAUGAGCAAUUAAGGAGAUUAUCAAUUGAAGCAUUAAAUGUUAUUAUAUCGAAUAAACCUGACGAAUUGCUUGGUUUAUCUACUGAACAAGUUGAAAGUUUAGUUGAUGGAGUUUUAUUUGCAUUUCAAGAGCAGUCAACACAAAACAAAAUCUACUUGAAUGCAUUUGGAGCAAUAUCGAAGGCAUUAGCUUUAAGAAUGAAACCUCAUUUAAAUUCAAUUAUAAGUUCAGUAUUGUACAGAAUGAAAAAUAAAUCACCAGAAAUACGACAGCAAUCUUCAGAUUUGAUAGCCAUUAUUGCACCAGUCAUUAAAUUAUGUUCAGAAACUGACGAUGAGAUAUUAGCAAAAUUAAUAUUGAUAUUAUAUGAAUCAUUGGGAGAAGUAUAUCCUGACGUGUUAGGUUCAAUAAUAAAUGCAUUAUAUUCAUGUGUCAAUUCCAUAGAUAAAUCAACUUUUUUACAAAUGGAUAAUCCUUCAGUCAACCAAAUUUUACCAACAUUAACACCAAUUUUGAAGAAUAGACAUGAAAAAGUACAAGAAUCAAGUAUCAGAUUAAUUGGACUAAUUGCAACAAAAAAUGCGGAAACAAUUGCUGCAAAAGAAUGGAUGAGAAUUUGUUUUGAUUUAUUAGAAAUGUUAAAAUCCAACAAGAAAAAAAUAAGAGUUGAAGCUAAUGCAACAUUUGGAUAUAUAUCAAAAACAAUUGGACCACAAGAUGUUAUAGUUAUGUUAUUAAAUAAUUUAAAAGUUCAAGAACGUCAACUCAGAGUUUGUACAGCUGUUGCAAUGGGUAUAGUUGCAGAAACUUGUCAACCUUUUACUGUUUUACCAGCUAUAAUGAAUGAAUACAAAACUCCUGAAAAGAAUGUUCAAAAUGGUGUCUUAAAAGCUUUAAGUUUCUUAUUUGAAUAUCUUGAUGGCAACACCACAAAAGAUUAUUUAUUUGCUAUAACUCCAUUAUUAGAAGAUGCAUUAAUUGAUAGAGAUUUAGUUCAUAGACAGACUGCUUCAACUGUUGUUUUCCAUAUUGCAAUGAAUUGUUAUGGAAUAAUUGAAUCAGAAUAUAACGAUGUUUUCAUUCACUUGUUGAAUUUAAUUUUACCAAAUAUUUAUGAGACUUCACCUCAUGUUAUAGCUAGAAUUUUGGAAAGUUUAGACUCAUUAAGAUUGACUUUAGGUAAUGGUACCUUUAUGAAUUAUAUAUGGGCAGGUUUAUUCCAUCCAGCAAGAAAAGUUCGUAAUGCAUUUUGGAAAAUUUUCAAUAGUGCUUAUGUACAGUGUAGUGAUGCAUUAGUUCCUUAUUAUCCUAAAAUUGAAAAUAUAGCUGACGAAGAAGAAAAAUCAAAAUACUAUGUUGAAGAAUUGGACUUGUGUUUAUAA